GCCGCGCACGGGGACGCCGGCGCGCUCUCCGGGGGCUUCCUCUUCCCUCCGGUUGUGUCCAGGUUCUGCGUCCGCCAGGGUCCAGGAUGACAAUCCGACACCAAGGCCAGCAGUACAGGCCGAGGAUGGCAUUUCUGCGGAAGAUCGAAGCCCUCGUCAAGGACAUGCAGGACCCAGAGAUGGGGGUCAGGGUGCAGAGCCAGAAGGUCACGGCCGUCAGCGCCCCUCACGCCAUGACGGGGAGUGAUGUUCUCCAGUGGAUCAGCCAGCGGCUGUGGGUCUCCAGUCUGGAGGCGCAGAACUUGGGCAACUUUAUUGUCAAGUACGGCUACAUUUAUCCCCUGCAAGACCCCAAGAACCUCGUUCUCAAGCCUGACGGCAGCCUCUAUCAAUUUCAGACACCGUAUUUCUGGCCCACCCAGCAGUGGCCGGCUGAAGACACAGACUAUGCCAUCUAUCUGGCCAAGAGAAAUAUCAAGAAGAAAGGGAUUUUAGAAGAAUAUGAAAAGGAAAAUUAUAAUUUCUUGAACAGAAAAAUUAACUACAAAUGGGAAUUUGUCAUCAUGCAGGCCCAAGAGCAGCACCGGGCUGGAAAGGAAAGGAAUAAAGCGGACAGGUACGCACUGGAUUGCCAGGAGAAGGCGUAUUGGCUGGUCCACCGAUGCCCCCCGGGAAUGAAUGACGUGCUGGACUAUGGCCUGGACCGAGUGACCAAUCCAAAUGAAGUUCAGGUAAAACAGGCCACCAUUGAUGAUGGGUGGCCGAUUUCCUGA